UUUUGGCCACUACCCAUCCAUCUCCCUUUUUCUCCUUCGAAAAAGCUCCGAACAAAAAUAAAUGAUCGCGGUGAGCAGCAGCAGUAGCUUCUCUCCACAUCUCCGCGUCUUCUCUUCUUCUUCCACGCGACCAAAAAAGAUGGAUUCGUCGUCCGUCGAGUCGACGAAGUCGGCGCCGAAGAUCGUGAGUCUAAAAGCCGUCGACGCGACCGCGUCGAGCUUCGCCGACUUCGGCCAGGUCGUCUCCGCCUCCCCCGACGGCGAGUUCGGCCCCCGCGACGCCCAAUUAGAUCUCAGCCGUGGAAUCCCCAGGUUCUAUAUCAUGAAUCUGAGAGAUCGGAAACUGCGGUUCUCGACGAUCACCCAUCACGCGAGUGUGACUCAGUGCCUCGGUUCUGUCGGUGGCGGAGAAUGGUACCUUGGAGUCGCGAAGCCCUCGAUAGUCGAUCCGAUAAAUGUCGAGAAUGAGGAUGAAAAUGGGCUCGUGAAAUCAUCUUGCGGCCAUUAUUAUAAACCGCCGCAUCCCGACGAAGUACGCGUUUUCCGAGUUGCGGGUCCCAAGUUUCUCAAGCUUAAUGCUGGGACCUGGCAUGCCGGCCCACUGUUUAAGUUGACGGAAAUGGAUUUUUAUAACCUGGAGCUAAGCAACACUAAUGCGGUGGAUCACACGACUCACAAUUUCCGAAAAGAAGACGGGGUGGUUUUCCUGAUUGAAGAUUAGAAGCUACGUUUCAUGAGCACGCCAUCCCUUCGCAAAUGAUCUCGACAGGAGAACCAUUUUCUUCGUUUAGCCCUCGGCUUUCCACAUCAUUUGUUUCACCAUUGGAUUCUCCUUUUCGAGAGCCAGAAGUAUGUUUCUUUCUAUAGAUCACGCUCGCUUCACUGAACUUCAAUAUGUAUGCUUGGUUGCAACCUUCAUAUAAUCUCUCCCCAAGUGUGUCGAUCAAAUAAAUAGCACUUUUUUCCAUCUUUAAAACAAAAAAGUGAUCAUUCCAACUAGUGAUAUAUACCCUUUCUUCGAAUUCA